AAAAAGAGCAGCCGGAGAUGGUCACGAUCACGGCGACGGUGUGGGAGUUUCCGACACCGAGAUCGAAUCCCACCAGUAAAUAUCUCAGUUCUCAUCGUGAAUUCGGCGUUUCAGUCUCUCAAUUUCGCCGGAGAAGAUUUCUCUACCCGACCCGAGAUCCGAGCUCUUCGAGCAUAGUCUUCGCCGUUUCCGAAAUCAGUAAGCUCGUGGCGGAGUUUGAUCCGGAGAUUCCGUUGGAGAGAGCAUCGACUCCGCCGAGCUCGUGGUACACUGAUCCUCAAUUCUACCGUUUCGAGCUCGAUCGUGUCUUCUAUGGAGCAUGGCAAGCCGUAGGAUACUCUGAUCAGAUUAAGGAGAAUCGCGACUUUUUCACCGGAAGGCUUGGGGAGGUAGAAUUUGUUGUGUGUAGAGAUGAUAAUGGAAAGGUUCAUGCUUUCCACAAUGUUUGCUCUCACCAUGCCUCUAUCUUGGCUUCUGGAAACGGGAAAAAGUCUUGCUUUGUGUGCCCUUAUCAUGGAUGGACGUAUAGCUUGAGCGGAUCACUUGUCAAAGCUAAUAGAAUGACUGGGAUACAGAGCUUUGCUUUACAUGAAAUGGGACUCAAACCUCUACGAGUGGCUGUAUGGGGACCUUUUGUUCUCAUGAAGGUGGCCCAAGCCACAUCAAGGAAGGGAGAAGUUGAGAGUGAUGGGUUAGUGGCAUCAGAAUGGCUCGGGACCUGUGUGGGGAAGUUGAGCCAAGGUGGAGUUGAUUCUUCGCUUACUUUCAUCUGCAGACGUGAAUACACCAUUGAUUGUAAUUGGAAGGUGUUCUGUGAUAACUACCUAGAUGGUGGCUAUCAUGUACCUUAUGCACAUAAAGGUUUGAUGUCUGGCCUCGAUCUCGAAACCUAUUCUACAACGAUAUUCGAGAGGGUUAGUAUCCAAGAAUGUGGAGGUGGUUCCAAGGCUGGUGAAAAAGACGGCUUCGAUAGGCUUGGAUCUCAAGCUCUAUACGCUUUCGUCUACCCAAAUUUCAUGAUAAAUAGGUACGGACCUUGGAUGGACACAAAUCUAGUGAUACCUUUAGGUCCAAGGAAAUGCAAAGUUGUCUUCGACUAUUUUCUUGAUCCUUCUUUAAAGGAUGAUGAAGCCUUCAUCGAGAGAAGUCUAGAAGAAAGCGAGAGAGUUCAGAUGGAAGAUGUUGCGUUGUGUGAGAGUGUUCAAAGGGGUCUCGAAUCACCGGCCUAUGACAAAGGAAGAUAUGCUCUUGUGGAGAAACCAAUGCACCACUUCCAUUGUUUGCUACAUCAGAAUCUCAAAGCUAUGAAACAGUAGUCUGUGGAUACCUACUUGUAAUUAUAUGUACAUGUUUUUUUCUUAUGUAUAUAUAUGUGUUUAUGUGAGUAUUCUGCA